AUGUCCGAACGGAGCGGUCGUGCGCGCCGUGGCGCGGCUGCGGCUGCGGCCGAGGCGCUCACGAGUGGAACGGAGCGGCGUGCUGCGCAGUCGACGCGGCGUGUGAGUGAGAAGCGCAAGAAUCCUGUAGAGAGCGACUCGGAGCUCUCGGAGCUCUCGGAGGACGACACGCCAGCGCCGAAGCGCGUCCGCGAGCGCCCGCCUGGCGGCGCGCGCGUCGACGUGGCCGAACUGGGUGACAACGAGCUGUUUAACGCGGUCCUCGGCACGGACGUGAGCCUCGAAGAGGCGGCCGAAAACUGGGUCGUGGCGUUCCAGGGCGAGCCGCUCGAUGCGCUCGCGCAGCUCGUCACGUUCUUGUUCCGGCUGUGUGGGUGCGAUGCGAGCAUCUCGCGCGACCAGGUUGCGGCGUCCGACACGCUCGCAAAUACACUCGAAGAGAUUCAAACCGCGUUUGCGCAGAAUGCCGUCGCCCAGUAUCCGAUCGUGUCGCGGGCCAAGACCAUGCGCUCGGUGCGCAAGAACGCCUCGGCGCUGCUUGAGCGCCUGCUGCACGACGCGGCCGAGGCUGAGGUCGUGAGCGACGACGAUUUUCUCGACACGCUCCAAGCGUGGCUUACGGAGCUCGCCCAGUCCCCGCUCCGUUCGUUCCGGCACACGGGCACGGUCGUGACCAUGUGGGUGCUCGGCGCGUUGUCUGCGCAGCUCGAGACGGCGCGCGAUAGCUACGACGUCGCCGAGCGCCAGCGCGACACUGAGGCGAAAAAGACGGGCGCGAACCGGACGCGUCUCGCCCACACGUCGCAGCGGAUGGAGCAGCUGGAUGCAGUGCGCGACACGCUCGACGCGCACAUCGACGACCUCGUGAGCAGCGUGUUUGUGCCGCGUGUGCGCGAUGUCGACGCGGCGAUCCGCCUGGACUGCAUCGAGCAGCUCGGCGCUCUGCUCAAAGAGUACCCGACGCAGUACCUCCAAGAAUUCUACUUCCGUCACCUCGGCGCGGCGCUCAGCGAUCCGGAUGCGAGCGUGCGUUUGCGUGCGCUGCGUGCGGUCCUGGGCGUCUGUGUCGAGGCCCAUGCCGAGGCGCUCAAGCCUUUUGCCGAUGCUCACAAAAAGCGCAUGGUCGAUAUGGCGCUCUAUGAUCUCGAUCUCGGCGUGCGCACCGCUGCUUUUGCGGUGCUCGAAGCGGCGAACGAGUAUGGCAUGCUCUCGAAUGACGACUGCAGCCUUCUGGCGGUCCACGUCUUUGACGUGGAUGCCAAGAUCCGCGUCGCGGCCGCCGCCUUUGUCUUCCAGCUGCUGCAGCACGAAGGCCAGAGCGACGGGCAGAUUCGCGCGCUCAUUGCGCUCCUCGUCAAAUACAAUGAGCAGCUGGAGGAGCUCGAGUCGCGCAACAUCGACGAGCACGUUCAAGACGACGUGGCCUUGCUGCGCCCGAAUCUCGGCCGCAUCGGCGUCGCAACCGAGGCGCUAUGGGAUGCAGUCGAGUCGCUGCAUGCAUGGCAGCCAUACCUCGAUGUCUUGCUCGACACAGACGCGGAUCUGUCGCAGGCCGAAGAAGGCGUCGCCGUCGAGAUGCUUGUGACUGCCGUCCGGCUCACGCGCGAGCGUGGUAUCGAAGAGGACGGCGUGCUUCCGAUCGAGGCGUGCAGCCACGCGCUGAUUCCCGCGCUCCCGAAACUCUUGGCGCGCUUCUCUGCAGAGACGCAGCGCAUCGCCGACCUGCUGCUGUUGGUGCAGCACAUGGACUUGGGUGUAUACCACGAAACGCGGAACAUGAGCGCGUUCGAGGGGCUGUGGGACGACGUGUGUCUGCACUUUAUGCGCCACGUCGAGGCGCGCCUCUUGCAAAAUGCCGCCGAGGCACUGCAGCACCUGGCCAGUGCACCAGCCGCGGUCAGCACGCAGGGCGCCAAGCUCGCGACGCUCCGCGAAACAGUCGUCGCGACACUGCAAGGGACGCUUCAUCAGCGCACGAUCGAUACCGCGCUCUUUACCGAGGACGACGUGUACGGGAUCCACGCGAGCCUCGCGCGCUUGCACGCCUUGAUGAAGGCGAUGGACGUUGCGGUGGCCCUGGACGACACGCUCCAGGACACGCCCUACUUUACCAUCGUGCUCCGCCUCGCGCUGCGUGGCAGGCUCGACUACGAACAGGAGCGGCCUUUUGUGCAACUUGCUCUGCAAACGCUCACGCUCUACCUCUUGUGGCGCUCCAAGGAGGCGCUCCAGGACGAAACGCUCGUCGAGCAGAUCCGUGAGCGCCGCGACGAGCUUCUCCCUGUCCUCCAAAGCUUCCUGGAUACACAGGCAAGCGCGACCAAGCCGCUCAUUCGCACGGCUUUGCAAUGCUCGCUCAUGCUCUAUUCGCUGUACGCUGCGUUGUCGACCGAUGACGAGGCACAGGCACAGCUCCAUCUCGCCUGCCCCGAGUCGAUGCAGCACCAGUGUGCCAAUGCACUCUACGUGGAACUCGAGCAGUAUGUGCCCCUGUUCCGCGCAGACGUGGAGCAGAAUACCAAGCCGCGGGGCCCUCGGCGCGCGCCGCGCGCAUCGAUCCUUCCGGGUACCUCGCUCCGUGUGCUACACACGGGUUUGGAGCUAUGCUCGCUCGCUGCGGCCUACGUCACCGCUGUCCGCGUUGGCGCCUUGGACGUGAAGCACAGUGCGGCACUGCUUCGGUACUAUGCCCACUUUAAUGGGGACUAUGACGCUCUGUGCCACGACCUCGUGGCCGUGCUUCGUGACGACGCGAUGCAUGCGGACCGCGCUUGGAUCGUGUGCGAGUCGAUUCUCGAUACGCUCAAAAAGAGUUUCCAGCUUUUCUUGCUGUAUGCGGACGAGGGCAGCGAGGCUCACUUUGUGGCUCUGUCGCGCCAGCUCGCAAAUGCUACCAUGAUCCGAGGCCCGGGUUUCUCGGUUGUUCAGGCUGUGGAGCCGGACGCAAUGGUGACUUUGCACGUUGCUGGGAUCCAGCAAGUGCUGCAGUAUAUCCAGGAUGGGACCGGAAACAAAGGGCACGAGCCUGCCUUCUUCAAGGGACUGUCCAAUCUCUUGGCCACGGUCUCGUCUACGGACGCAAUGAAGAUCCAUGCCACGCUGCACCAGCGAUUCACAGCUGCGCAUGUUGAGCCCAAGACGGGAGUCAAGGAGUGGGACCCCUACUUUGCCUACGAGAAGCGCCUUUUGAACCUGGCCGCCAAAGAUGCCAACUUGGUCAAGGAAGCUAGUCAUUACGAGCCCGCCAUAGUGAGCUAG